AUGCUGCCAUUGUGGGUUCGGUCAGUGCUGGAACCCACUAUCUCCUUCGUGGGAAUGCUGACUGGGGCGGUCAAUCUGAUCGAACAUUACAAGCUCAGCGGGUUGCUGAAGGAUAGGGACAAGAUACCGCCCACCUUUGAGCCCUACAUCAGGCACCUGCCCGUGAUGGGCAACGAAACAGACAAGAAUCCAGCCCUCGGGCUGCGUGCCCUGUUUCCUCUCGAUGAGUGGCCCAUCGUGGAGGACGAUGACGAUCUCGCCCUCGCCCCCUUGGGCCAGGAGCUCCUCAAAGGCCUCACCCUCGAACCAGGCAAGCUGGAGGAGAGGCGGCGACGAAAGAAGCACAGAGACAAGGACAGGGAAGGGCGAGCGGAGCGCAAGCACAGGAAGCACCGCAAGAAGCACCGCGACCAGCAGGUGGCCGCCGACGGCAGCGUGAUCAGCCCCGGGGCGGAUGGCGGCUCAGCCGCACCAACGCCGGGCACCGAGCCCGGCGCCGAGGGCGGCGAACGACGAGACAAAGAGCGGAAGCACCGACACAAGCACAAGCGAAAAAGCAGAGAGGAGGGUGCGGAGGGCAGCACCAAGGAGUCGAGGGAGGAGCGGAGGAAGAAGCGGCGCAGGAGGGAACAGCAGGCGGGUUCAGAGAACCAGCAGCAGCAGCAGCCCUCGCCCACCAAGCCCACCGACGGUGCCCCGGCCGCGCCGGCCGUGGUCGGCUGA